AUGACUUUUAAAACAACUGGUAGAUCACAUUUAGGAAUCAAAAUUCUUGCAACAAGUGAUCGAGAAAGUAGUGCAUCGGUUGCAGAUAGCUUUUCAUCUGGUCAGGUAUUUCUUGCUGGUGAUGCUGCUGAUAAAGACAAAAAUGUUCCAAUCAUUGUCGAUCAGGCGAUGGAAUUCGGUCAAUUAUAUUCAGUUCUUGGUGUCAGUGAUGAACUUUCAUCUACUUAA